CGUCCACGCCCUCUCUUUCUCAUCAUGUUUGUCAGACAAGCAGCACGCGUAUUAACGAGUAACGCUCGCCUCUUCUCAUCGUCGGCGUCACGCCACACGAAGGUGGCCGUACUCGGUGCCAGCGGAGGUAUUGGCCAACCAUUGUCCCUGCUGCUGAAGCUCGACCCGCUCGUGUCGUCCCUUAGCCUGUACGAUAUUCGUUUGGCACCCGGUGUUGCUGCUGAUGUCAGCCAUGUUGACACUCCUGGAGAGGUCAAGGGAUACCCCGCUGACAAGCUUGAUGAUGCUCUUGACGGUGUAAAAGUAGUCGUUAUCCCAGCUGGUGUUCCGAGGAAGCCGGGCAUGACUCGGGAUGACCUUUUCAAUACCAACGCUUCUAUUGUCCGGGAUUUGGCUUCUGCUGUCGCCCGUGUAUCGCCCGAGGCACACGUUCUUGUCAUCUCCAACCCUGUCAACUCUACUGUCCCCAUCGUCGCGUCCGUUUUUGAGAAGGCUGGUGUCUUUGACCCGCGCCGCCUUUUCGGUGUUACCACGCUCGAUGUCGUUCGUGCCGCUCGUUUUGUCUCCGGUUCCGUGAACGUCGCGCCCGCUGAAGCGCCGAUUACGGUUGUUGGUGGUCACUCUGGCGUUACCAUCGUCCCUCUCCUGAGCCAGAACAACUAUGGCAAGUCGAUUACUGGCGAGACGUACGAAAAGCUUGUCCACCGUAUCCAGUUCGGUGGUGACGAGGUUGUGAAGGCGAAGGAUGGUGCUGGCUCCGCAACUCUCUCGAUGGCAUAUGCCGGGGCUAAAUUCACCAAUGCGCUCCUCCGCGGUCUCAAUGGCGAGAAGGGCGUAAUUACUCCAACGUUCGUCAAGAACGAUCUCUACGCAGACAAGGGCGUCGACUUCUUCGCUUCCAACGUUGAGCUUGGCAAAAACGGGGUGGAGAAGAUUUAUCCAGUUGGCCCUGUCACUGCUGUGGAACAGAAGCUCCUUGACGCUGCAAUUCCCGAGCUCAAGAAGAACAUCGAGAAGGGCAAGGCUUUCGCAGCUCAGUAAGGGCGUCUACAGUGCUGGCAUUCGAUCUGCACAAAAUGCGUAGCUUUCGGUAGACGGCGCUAGACCUCUAGACAGAUCGUGCUGAAGCAAUCAAAAUCUAUGGCCUUAAUAUUGGUUCUUAAUGUCUUUUCGAAAUACUUUGACCAGUCACGCAAGUUAUAGAACUAUCCGAUCCGAACACCGCUCCGAAUGAUUGAUAAGUAACGACGUCGAGGUAAGGUUACACAACGUCUCUUGCUGUGAUGACGUCGAACAUAGGCAAAGUAUACAUUUAUUCAAGAAGCUCAGUAGAUCCCAAUAUAUUU